AACCAUCAUCGAUCAAUGGCGAACUGGACAGCCAGAAAAAUUCUUGGUGAGAAGCUGCUAUUUACAUGUUUUGAAGAUUUAACUCGUGCCUACACUAAAGCAUUCAAUGCAGUCAUUAUGAAAGAAGAAAAUGGAGUUGCCCCUCGAUUUUUUGUUCGUUGUUUAGUAAAGAUGGAAGAUUUCAUUAAUGAUGUUUGGGAUGACCGUGUUGGACGGAAAAAUUUAUCAAAAAAUAAUUCUAAGAGCUUAGCUUCAUUGAGACAAAAAUUCCGAAAAUAUAUGAAAGAUUUUGAAAGUGAUGUUGCUAAAUUCAGAGAGAACCCUGAUCUUCCUGAUCAAGAAGAAGAUGAAGUGGAUUCUGAUGAAAGUGAAAAAAACACAUCAUAGUAAAAUUAAUACCUU